UUUUGUGGUCCAGUAGUUGCAUGUUACUAUGCGCUUGCAAAAUCUGUCCUAUCUUCCUCUAUACCUUGCCAACAGGACCGACUCUUACGCAAACCCGAUCUGUCGGUUAUUCGUUAGCUAGUAUCAGAUCAACUACAAUAUUGGCCGAGUAAAGAGAGCUAGCUUCUUGCAUUCCAGUGCAAUUCUUAGCUUAACGUUAUAGAGAGUAACGUUAGAUAGUGAACGGCUUGACGCAUUGAUAUAUUAACAAUAGUCAGCAAGAGGCUCUAUACAUCAAAUAUGUCAAACAGAGAAUGCGGUAAAUGUUUCUCGCGAAGUAGGAAUAUGUAUUUCCUAUGCUCAGUUCACAGCUACUGUAUUCCCAUUAUUUUCUUAAAUCGCGCACCUAGUGACGAAUGUCAUAUUUAUGACGGGGAUCGCUGAACGACGACAAACACGUAGGGACCGCAUCAUUGAUGUAUGAUACUUUAACGCGUAAUGUUCAUGUUUUCAGAUAAGGACACCAUGGAGCUUUUGGAAGAGGACCUCACUUGUCCAAUAUGCUGCAGUCUUUUCGACGAUCCCCGGGUCCUGCCGUGCUCCCACAGCUUUUGUAAGAAGUGCUUGGAAGGGAUGCUUGAAGGUAACCGGAGCCCAGUUUGGAGACCGCCUUUCAAAUGCCCCACCUGCCGCAAAGAGACUCCUCAAAAUGGCAUUAACAGUUUGCAGAUAAACUAUUCUUUGCGUGGAAUAGUGGAAAAGUAUAACAGGAUUCGCGUUUUACCGAGGAUGUCCCUUUGCAAACAACACGACGGCCAGCCACUCAAUAUAUUUUGCGCCACGGACUUAAAACUUAUUUGUGGAUUUUGUGCAACAACUGGAAAUCAUAAGGGACAUACAUUCUGUGCAUUGGAUGAAGCAUAUCAACAGGAGAAAGCGGCAUUCGAACAACUGUCCGAGGGAAUGGAGAGCUGGCAGAAUCCCGAUAUACUUUCCUGCUUAGAGACUCUGCAAAUCAGUAAGAAAAGGGCGCUCCAGUUGGUCUCCAUAGACGCAGAAAAGGUAACAAAUUAUUUCGAGAAUUUAGUCGGCGCCCUUGAGCACAAGAAACGUGAAAUUCUCUCAGAUUUCGAGACCUUAAAAUUGGUGGUGAUGCAAGCCCAUGAUCCCGAGAUCAACAAACUGAGCGCAGCUCUGGACGAGCAGACCCGGGCGCUCAGCAUCGCCGAGUCAUUCAGGAAUGUGUCCGACCCUCUCUGUUUCCUCCAGCAGAUGCAAGAGUUUAGGGAGAAGCUGCGAGUCGUACGUGAAACACCUCUGCCCUCUCUGAAGGAAAUUGACGUGGGCCCUCACGUACGCAAUUUCGACGUCCGAAAUUGGGACAUGCUGAGACUCAAAGACGUUGAUAAAAUCUCCGUCCCGCACGAACAUGGAUCUCACCGCGCAACCAGCUCGCGACUCCGAGUCCCCAAGAUGUUCUUUAUAUUCAUGAGCAUCAUACUGCCAGCCGUUUUCCUCUUGCACCCAGAUACCUUAUCCGCGACCUCGGUCCAUUUAUCCGCACAGAGUGAGGCAUUUCUAUAUGGACUUUCCCCGCAUCUCAAAGAUGCAGAGCUGUAUUGGCAGAAGGGGCUCGGUGCAUGCACCUGUUUAUUGGGCGUAUGUCAACAUUACGCCCUGGAAUUCUUGGACACCGCUGUUGAUUAUAUGGGCAGCUGUAAACUGUUCUAACCAUAUUCCUUUUGAUAUUUUUGUAUGUUUCUAGUUGUCCUUGUAAGGUACCAGGACAGACGAAAUCUCUUUCUAUAGCCUACUUUAAGCUUAUAAUUAAGGGCGACCACACAUUAAGUUCUGUUAUAUGGUCAUAUAGUGUAUAUUGCCUAUUAUAAUUUGUUACUUACCUGGGCUUCCAUCCUAACACAGGACUGCCAAACCAACUAAUCUCAACCCUCCGUGUAUUUUUAAACGUGCUUUCUACCUGAUAUUGAUUCAGUUACUAAAUGAUUAUUUUUGUUUUACUUGUUGCCACACUACAACGUUUGACUGUUUGAACUUUGCCUAAUGUAUCCGCCUAAUAAAAUGCCCAAAAUAGGUAUACACUCUCGGUCAUUCAUCUAUUCAAUAUAGUCAAUCUUGAGAUGGCCGUAGCCUUUCAAUAGGUGGACACACGUCCCGUCCCCCGUCCCCCUGCGCGCGCGUCACCCGGGCCGCAGAAACCCGUCCCAAGGUUAGACGCGUUAGAUAACAAGGCCCGAGCGCCAUCUUCAUCAGACUGCAAACGUUAAACAUUGGGGGGACAUUUGGACAUGUUUAGCCCACAUCAAGGGCCCACAUCGAAGGACUAGCGCUGUUUUAAUCAGCUCAUUCCUUUGCAUGGCAGGCUGGUCAAGUUCAAUUAAAUUGGGAUUAUGUAAAAGCAUUUGUUGUGGUAUAGAGUUAAAUAUAAAAUAAAAAUAAUUAAAGAAAUAGUUACUAGGGGGGCUGUGGUCGACCUAAUUGACAUAGAGCAAGUAUCGGUAAUCCCUGUCAGAAGUCAAGAAGUUCAUAACUGUACAUCUUGACGAAUUGAAAAGACACUAAGGGGAUAUUCGGAAAUGUAUUAUGAACAUUGUUUUGUCAAGAUAGUGAAGAAAUGAAAAAUCACCAACCAUAAUGCCAAGUAGGCUAAUCCCAUAACGUCCGCACUGACCAGAAUACAAAAGGCACGUCACGCCACGUGGGCCUGUACAUGUACAGGCCUAUAUAUAGCCGACUGUUGCGAGGCAAAUCCGGUGCAUAGGCUUUAAAAUUUACAUUGCACAUGAAUCUUUAAUUUCCAGGGAUACAUGCCACAAUACAUGUCAAUGUAAAUUCUCACAUUUGCCCGAAUCCAAUCUCAAAUAUUGACCUGGUCUACUGUCUCGUCUUUAUUAUACGAGAUAAGGCGGACACUUGCUUUCGUCAUUUAGGAUGGGUAGCAUUGAAACCUUUAAAAAAUAUAUCUAACUAGGGGGGAUUUCCGAAAAAUAUUGACAUAUUAAGUCUAACAAUACAUUACGAAUAUUACUUAUGCCUUGAACUUUUCCUUUGGUGUCUGUGGCGUGGGACCACGAACUGCCUUCUCAUUUCUCAUUUCUCUUCAAGAAAGCCGGUGCCCAAAUGCCUACACAAUUGUGCAAAUCCUAGACGGAUUGUGCAAGUGAAAUAAUUUCAAUGCAUAGAACAAAAAUAAACACCAAAAAAUACUAGGCCUAUAUAACAAACAUGCAACGAGGCUUAAUAAAUGAGAAAAUUAAUGGGGCUCUAAUUAUUUAUUUAUUUAUUUAAAAGCCAUGCAAGCCUGAUUAUUAAUUUUUUUGCUUGGUCUACUGACAAAUGAUAUAAGCCUAGUAUUUAAUAUAACAUUUACCUAAUUUGGGGUAGCCUUUUUUAAAUCAAUAACUGAAGGCCUAAAUGAAAGCUGUUUCAAUGUUUAUAAGACGCCAAAUACAAAAACGGGCAUGGCCUUAUGCGUAUAGUCUAGGCAUUUUUUUUUUUUAAAGCAAAUCAAAAAUAUCCCCAUAUUUAAAAAUAAAAGUAAAUGCAUGGAAAAUAAACUGGCUCAUGAAAAGGCCUAAACAUUUCUAAUUAAAGGUGAUGGAGAACAAAUAAGAGGUGCAUUCUGCAACGUGUGGAAGUAAAAUAUUUUGGUACUAAGUAACUCUCACUUGUAGGAACAGUCUACGAUGGAGGAUGGAUGGCCCUUUAUCAACCAAGCUGGAGGAUUUAAUUUAGGCACAAUGCGUUCAGAAAUGCAGCUGACUCACCUCAUCAUUUUGAAUUAUAAAAUUAAUUUAGGCCCAAUGAUUUAAAUGAUUAUGUAGUGAACCUAACAUAUUCUUCAAAGACUAAAAGCUAAGGUAAAAGGCAAAAUUAUACUUACGUAGGCAGCUUGCCUAAACCAUCCAUUUUCAGAGCGACAGGACUCGAUGUCGUAAACCGUGCUUUUAAUGUAAAUGGGUCCUAUAGGUUCAGAUAACCUGGGCUAUAGGUCGCUCUUUCGUCUGAGAGGACUUAAUGAAUGUCCUUUAGAGCGGCCAAAAGCGUAAAGCAUUUGCCCUUAUAACUGUGCGAGGUAGUGGAAAUCCCAACAUUUCUAAUACAAGCCUAUUCCUCGUAUCUGCAGUUUAAAGCGGAGAUGCAUUAGCAAUGUCUCAAACGGUUAGAAGCCAUUUAUUCUCAGUUUAAUGAAUGCAUAAUCGAAUUAACUCGGUAUGAUGGCUCAUUCUAUGAUGGGCAAAGACAUGGGUUAAGAAAAAUUACAAACUGGCUGCCCCGUCCCAGUGUUUUAUCAAAUCUUAAAUCCAACUGUGAAGUGACCCUAUCAACUCGUGAAAGUAGGCUAAUCGGAAUUGCUAUAACACUGAAUGACAAAACAAAACAGUUUUUAUUUUUAUAUUUUUUAUUUCAUAUAUAUUUUACAAAUGAAAACUGGAGCACAAUAAAAAAAAAGAAAAAAAAGAAAGCAAGGCAGAUGCAAGUUGUUUCAGGUGUAGAUGGGUUUUGAUACCCCAUCCCAAAUUACUAAUAAAUCAACCCAUGAUGAAUGCAACUAGGAAUAUAUAUUUAAAUAAACUUCUCUUCAGUGUAUAGCAAGAGUUAAGAAACUAGUUUCAGUGGUUAGCUUUAAGGUUGGUAAGUGGUCAGUUUUGCUUCAGCAGCACGAUCAAUACUGGAGGCAUAUGCGACAGUGUAAACUCCAAUAUUUACGUGCUGCUACAGCAAGGCCACCAAUAGCGUCACCCAUAUCAGAUCAGCUCAUUAGGUCCAUGCAUUAUAUAUAUACAGUGUGUGUGUAUAUAUAUAUAUGUUCAUCCUUUAGAUUAAAAGGUAGAUUAAUGGGUUGUGUCCAAAGAGGCCUGGCAUGUACUGCUCUCCUAACGUUUUGCCGUGAUGCACUUUGUUCCGGCUUUACUGCUGCAGCACAGUACGGCCUGUAUCUCAGUGUAACCACAAACCAUUCUGUGCUGCUACAAUACUGCCAGAAAUGAUGGGCUUCCCUUCGACUUUCACCCUCCUCUUCCCAGUCGUUCCACUGGUGCUUUCUACUACUUUGUUCAUGGGUGCACCCCUAUUUACAGACUUAUGAUGCAACAUUCAUGUGUCCUGGGAGGGCAGGAGAUGAUCACCGUUGGUAUCCUCUAGCUCCUCUUGAACACACCACCUGAUCCACUCCAUCUGAAACACAUGGAAAAGGAAUCGUUAGCUCCUGUUCUGGGUAGCUUUUUUCAGCAAUAGUUCUUCUAUUGAGGUUAAUGAAAUCAGUGAAGUUUAGUUUGAUUGGUGAGAUCAAAGAAAAUAAGGUUCUGUGACACAAGUGAUGACCCAAAACAACAUGCAUCAACUUGUAAACCGACACAUUGGACAUCCUCCAUCUUGAAUAAUCAGAACUUAACAAUAACGCUACUACUACUUUUCUUUAAUUGGUGCAUUUGUUUCAAUUGAACUGCAUUUUAUUUUGUCCGGAGCCCACGGGAUGUCUACUUGUCUAGCCAUGCGUGUAAUCGUCACAUUCAGUACUAUGCUGAUUAUCAAAUUUCCAAAUGAACCAAAUUUCGAGAUUGAAAAUAAGAAUUGUUGGCUGACAUAGAUCCAUACUACAGCAUUAUCUAAACAGCUUUCAAAUAUUCUCUUCUCACCUUGGUCCCCCCUAUUGAUGCAAUUCUUGUAUAAUCAAUCAAGCAUUUAUACAUUAAUA